AUGGAGGGUCAUGAUACCACACGAGACAUCACUGGCUCGACCUCAGUCCUUCCGGUUAAGACGAACGAAUGGCAAGGGCUUCCUCAAGGAUUCAGAGAACAUAAUUCAUCUCUCGCAGAAGCGGAAUUCGACGAAGAUAUUGAUACACUCAUCGAAGAGCUGGAAUCACAGAAUGAUCACAUGGAGGAAGAACUAGAUGCAGCCGAAGAGUCGAACAGCUGUUGUCAUAUUCCUGUCGAGAUGUUACAGACCAACACGAGCACAGGCCUGACUGAUACAGAGGUGACUACACGAAGGAAAAAGUAUGGCUUGAAUCAAAUGAGAAAGGAGGAAAAGCAACACCCGAUAGUUAAAUUUCUUAUGUUCUUCGUCGGUCCUAUUCAAUUUGUGAUGGAAGCUGCUGCAGUUCUAGCAGCUGGUCUCCGGGACUGGGUCGACCUAGGUGUUAUCUGUGGGUUGUUACUGCUGAAUGCCGUUGUCGGCUUCGUGCAAGAGUAUCAAGCUGGCUCGAUCGUCGACGAACUCAAGAAAACUCUGGCUUUGAAGGCGACGGUAUUGAGGAAUGGAGAGCUACUAGAAGUCGCGGCGUCGGAAGUUGUUCCAGGCGAUAUCAUACAUAUAGAAGAGGGUACCAUUGUCCCAGCUGAUGGUAAAAUCCUGACUGAAGGGGCCUUCUUACAAAUCGACCAAUCUUCAAUCACUGGAGAAUCAUUUGCUGUUGACAAAUAUGUCGGGGAUACAUGUUAUGCUUCUUCUGCUGUCAAGCGUGGUGAAACCUUCUUGAUCAUUACGGCCACUGGAGAUAGCACGUUUGUAGGCCGUGCCGCUGCGCUGGUUAACUCUGCCUCUUCGGGCAGUGGCCACUUUACAGAAGUGCUAAAUGGAAUUGGUGGGACACUCCUUGCAUCUGUUAUUUGGACUAUUAUGUCAGUUUGGGUCGCUUCCUUCUUCAGAUCAGUUGAGAUUGUAAGAAUUCUUGAGUUCACCCUUGGGAUCACAAUCAUCGGUGUUCCUGUCGGUCUUCCUGCAGUCGUUACUACCACAAUGGCAGUCGGGGCUGCAUACUUGGCAAAGAGGAAGGCCAUUGUACAGAAACUUUCGGCUAUCGAAUCGCUUGCAGGGGUCGAGAUACUCUGCUCGGACAAGACGGGAACUUUAACAAAGAACAAGCUGUCCUUGGAAGAACCGUAUACUGUCCCUGGUAUCGACCGGGAGGAACUCAUGCUGGCAGCCUGUUUAGCGGCUGGUCGAAAAAAGAAGGGAAUCGAUGCCAUUGACAAGGCAUUUUUGAAAAGCCUCCACCAAUAUCCCUACGCUAAGGACCUUUUGCCUCGAUACCGUGUAUUACAAUUCCAUCCAUUUGAUUCUGUCUCCAAGAAGGUCACUGCGGUUGUCGAGUCUCCUGAAGGUUAUCGGAUCACCUGUGUCAAAGGCGCGCCUCUAUUCGUCCUGAAGACAGUCGAGGAAGAUCAUCCCGUUCCGGAAGCCAUAGAUUCUGCAUAUAAGAGCAAGGUUGCUGAGUUUGCUGCACGCGGUUUUCGUUCUCUGGGAAUCGCUCGAAAGUUCGAAGGCCACCCUUGGGAAAUACUUGGUAUCAUGCCCUGUUCGGACCCUCCUCGAUAUGAUACAUUUAAGACCAUCAGUGAAGCCAAAACUCUUGGUCUUUCGAUUAAAAUGUUGACAGGUGACGCAGUGGGCAUUGCGCGUGAAACCUCAAGACAACUCGGCUUAGGAACUAAUGUCUACAAUGCAGAAAAGCUGGGUCUCUGUGGUGGCGGAGAUAUGCCUGGCUCUGAGGUCUACGACUUUGUCGAAGCGGCUGAUGGGUUUGCUGAAGUCUUCCCACAACACAAGUAUGCAGUUGUUGAUAUCUUACAAAAGAGAGGCUAUCUUGUUGCCAUGACAGGUGACGGUGUCAAUGAUGCGCCAUCUUUGAAGAAAGCAGACACGGGAAUUGCAGUGGAAGGGUCAUCAGAUGCUGCUCGUUCGGCUGCGGAUAUCGUCUUCCUCGCCCCUGGCCUAUCAGCAAUCAUUGAUGCAUUGAAGAUCUCACGUCAGAUCUUCCAUCGCAUGUACGCGUACGUGGUCUAUCGAAUUGCCUUGUCGCUGCAUCUUGAAUUCUUCCUUGGUGCUUGGAUUGCCAUUUACAACGACAGUCUCAACCUUCAGUUGAUUGUCUUCAUUGCCAUUUUUGCGGAUAUUGCGACACUAGCAAUCGCGUAUGACAAUGCGCCUUAUUCAAGAACCCCAGUUAAAUGGAACCUACCAAGGCUGUGGGGAAUGUCUAUCAUUCUUGGGCUAGUUUUGUUUGCUGGAACGUGGAUCACAUUGAGCACAAUGCUUAUUGGAGGAGAGAAGGGAGGCAUCAUUCAGGGGCAUGGUGAACGUGAUUCUAUCUUGUUUCUCGAAAUUGCUUUGACGGAAAAUUGGUUAAUCUUCAUUACACGGGCAAAUGGGCCUUUCUGGUCGUCGCUGCCAUCUUGGCAACUGAUUCUGGCGGUAUUAUUUGUUGACAUCAUUGCCACCCUCUUCUGUCUAUAUGGUUUAUUUGUGGCUGCACCAACAUCGAUACUCUCUGUGGUUCGCGUAUGGGUGUUUUCUUUUGGCGUUUUUUGCGUGAUGGGUGGCGUUUUCUAUAUUCUUCAAGGCUCUACUGGCUUUGACAAUUUGAUGCAUGGGAGAAGCCCGCGAACAAGUCCAAGGCAACGGUCUUUGGAAGACUUCGUUGUUUCGUUGCAACGAGUCUCGACCAUACACGAGAAGAAUCCAUGA